UGCUCCAACGGUCCGCCCGCCAUUUCCUCGAGGUCGCUGGAGCAACGGCCGUGGACUCCGCAGUGGUGCCAGGUUCGCUCCGCCUCAGUGCUCCUCUUCUGACCCGCGAUGUCCCGCCUGAUGCUGCUCUGCCCUUCCCUCCUCCGCCACCACACCGUCCUGUUCUUGAAGCUUGGCGGUCGGCUCACCCACUCAGAACGGCCACGCCACCGGGAACUGUCGCCCACGGAAUCGGCGGUUGGAAUUGUGGUGUUUUUUACGACCUUUUUCAUCCCAGCUGCAUAUGUGCUACCCAAUCUGAACCACUUCAGAAGAGAGUAGAUGCCAGUUGCCGUCUGAGCAGCACCUCAGUUCCAAAAUGCUUUCAGUAAAAGCCAUGGCCUCUUUACAUGAGAAAAAUGGCUUAGUUGAAUCGGUUGUGGAUAUUCAGUUUUAUAACUGUAUGUCUGUGGUGUUCUGCACUUUUUUCCCCAACUGUGCAUUAUAUGGAUGGCAAAAAUAAUCUGCUUAAGUGUUAAGUAAAAUGGAAACACUUA